UGUUUAAGGCUAUUAGGCGUGUGGCCCGAUCCGCAUAUCCCUUUGAAUGAUUUUCGCCGGCCAAAUAUAAGAUUUGUGAUUGUGGUGUGUGUUCUGAGUUUUUACGUGAUCGUACCGCAAUUAACGAAUAUGAUUCGGGUUUGGGGUAACGUUGCUCGCAUGGUGGAAUACGUCGCCUCCGCGAAUUUUAGCCUAAUGGCGCUAUGCAAAUUGAUCACUACCUGGUAUCAUGGCAAAACACUGCGAGCGCUGAUGACAUCAGUCAUGAGAGAUUGGGUGACUUCGAAAAGUGACUGGGAGCGAAAUACAAUGUUGAAGAUUGCGAGACGCGGCAGAAGCUUGUCUAUUAGGUGUUACGCGUGGUCGACGUGCACGGUCUCGUUUUACUUAUGCUUCAAUUUUUUGAAGUUUUACCGAAACAUACAGCAGUCUCAACGGAGCCUCGUCUAUCACUUUGUCUAUCCUUAUAAUAUUCAGAAGACUCCGAACUACAUAAUAACCUACUUCACUCAAAUGUGUGGUGGUAUAUACACGGCCCUCAUCAACUGUACCGUCGACAGCUUUAUUUCGAUACUCUUGCUACACGUAUGCGCACAACUGAUAAAUCUACGAACGACACUUAAUAACGUGGUUAACGGACUAGCCGACAGAUCCACAUCAUCAAUGAGAUUUAAAGACGGCCUAGCUGCGAUUGCUGUACGACAUGAGCAUCUCAUCCGAAAUGCAAAGACGAUCGAUGACUGCUACAGCGGAGUGUUAUUUGUGCAUAUGCUAUGCGCCACUUUUCAGUUAUGUUUUGAAACUUUUCAAGUUUUUACGAUAAUAACAGAUCAUUUGGAGGUGUCUAUUUUGAAAAUGGCUUUUCUCUUGUUUUACGCCAUCCUUGUAUUGAUGCAUUUGUACCUUUAUUCUUAUUCGGCUGAAAAACUUUUAACAGAGAGCACCAAUAUAGCGUACGGCGUGUAUGAAUGCAAGUGGUACGAUCUGCCAUCGAAAAACGCAAAGGAUCUAAUGUUCAUCGCACAUCGAUCUAAAAUUCCACUUCGAUUAACAGCUGGAAAAUUUGGAGUCUUUUCAAUGGAGAUGUUUGGAACAACAGUAAAGACGUCAAUGGGAUAUGUAUCCGCAUUGCUCACAAUGAAAGACUAGAGAGAAGGUGUUAGAAAUAGUACCGAAUUAAUUCUGUAUAACUGACUACUAUUCGUUUUCAAAUAAUA